AUGCAGAUGAACCACAUAGGCCAGCGUAUCGAGGAACACAGUCGUUACAUGUUCAUCAUGGCACAUCUUUACAAGGCCUAUCACCUGAAAAAUCCGGCGAUGCCCACCUGGCCCGACAUGGAAAUCAUCAUUCAUCGACAAGGCGCCGACCGUCUUUUCGGUGGUGAGGCACCCAACAGUCUCAAUAAUGCCUUUCAGAAACUUCUCCAGGCAUGCGGUUACCCGGCCAUGAGCUACAAUGAAUAUCAGAAACUCCGAGGCGAUGCCGAUAAAGCGAGCGGAGAUACAAAACAAGUACGUCGACUCGAAGACCUCAGUCCACUUUCCAAACACGGAUUCUAUACACAGGAAUCCAGGACAACAGAUUCACCAGAUAAACUUCAAUCGGACCUUUUUAUAACCCUCCAAGCACCAGAUUUACGUGAGCAACUGACAAAACUGUGUCUCUUCCGCCCAGGUCAAACAUCUGCAAAUCUCGCUGUUUGGCAAGAUGAGUGGAGUACAACCGAACAAGACGGAAGAAGUGAAUGGCUUGGAAACAUUGCUUGUCUGGAUACAUGGAUGCGAGCGGAUUCACUCAAGGUAAACUUUGAUAUCUUCGCCGUCCAUUCUGUCUGCGCUAAGAUCUGGACCGCGACACUCACAACGCUCAAAUCAAGCCCAAACUACACAUUCCCGGCAUCCAUCGACCUCGAAAACAAUCCCCUCUCGCAUCAAGCUCUUGCAUUAGACAUCCUAGGCAAAGCAUCCACAGGCGACACGGCAGCUCUCGGCAUCUUAGCCGAAGCGAUUGAAAACAUUAUCCUCGAGCCGUGUACGCCGUCAAAGCAGCAUUCGCGUAAGGUGUGGAAUGGCGACCGCAGUCUCGCUGCUGCUAUUAUCCAGGGCGCUAAACAAGGAAUACAGUAUCCGGUUGGCUUUUAG